UGUUUUACUUAGUACUUAGAGAUUUUUUUAUUGCGAGUGAUUUAUGUUGUGAUUUGGUUCGAUUUUAGACAAAAAAGAAAUACAUUUGUCAUGAUUAUAAGCUUGGAGUCUGACGCAAUGAUGUUCAGAUUUUAAAGUAUAAAUAUCAGAAAUUUUUACCCAGGACAAUAUGCAGUUUACUUAGUUUCUCCUUGUGAGAUCCUCGGAGCGUAGUGCUUUCUUAGAACUGACGCAAUUUCUUACAAUCAUUGCAGCAAUAAUCUGGAUGUGCGCGUCAUCAAAACAGUUUGCAACCAAACGCACCAUAGUCAUUGCAAGCACUACCAUAGUUGCUACACUUGCUACGAUUAAGAGCUAACAUUAUGAAUCGCAUUUCGGUUGCUAAUGGGGAUUCUACCGGCUCAGGCAGUUCUAUGGAUGCGACGCCAUACAUACGCACCAUCGAGUGGGAUAUGAUGAAUAAAUCGAAAUUUUUUCCACUUUCCAUGUUGAGCUCGUUUUCUGUGCGGUGUUGCCUAUUUCCAUUAACCGUGAUUAAGACCCAACUACAGGUGCAAUAUAAAAGCGAUGUGUAUAAAGGCAUGAUUGAUUGUGCCAUAAAAAUAUAUCGAUCUGAAGGUGUUCCUGGGUUAUACCGCGGAUUUUGGAUAUCUUCUGUGCAAAUUGUGUCAGGCGUAUUCUAUAUCAGCACAUACGAAGGCGUUCGUCACUUGCUGAAUAAAAUUGGUGCCGGUGUUCGCACUAAAGCACUGGUUGCGGGAGGCUGUGCAUCGCUCGUGGGUCAAACAAUUAUUGUGCCUUUCGAUGUAAUUUCGCAACACGCAAUGGUUUUGGGUAUGGCAGCACAUGCAGGCAACGCCCGAAUUGAUAUGAACCCGCUUGGCAUAAAAACAGGGAAUAAACGUAGCCGUUUUACGAUGUCAAUGGAUAUAUCACGCGAAAUAUUGAAGCGUGAUGGUUUUCGUGGCUUCUAUCGUGGCUAUACAGCAAGUUUAAUGGCAUAUGUACCCAAUUCGGCGAUGUGGUGGGCUUUCUAUCAUCUCUACCAAGAUGAAUUGUGCAGAAUAUGUCCACCUUGGGUUUCGCAUCUUCUUAUACAGUGCAUUGCCGGAAGUUUAGGAGGAUUUACCACAACCAUAAUUACUAAUCCGCUCGAUAUUGUAAGAGCGCGUUUGCAGGUCCAACGAUUAGAGUCCAUGCGUGUUGCAUUUCAAGAGUUGUGGCGAGAAGAGCAUCUAAACUGUUUUGUUAAAGGUCUGUCUGCACGCCUCGUGCAGUCUGCAGCAUUCUCAUUUAGCAUAAUUUUAGGCUACGAGACAAUAAAACGAAUAGCCAUUGACGAUCAAUAUAAACAUCAAAUUCGUUGGUAGAUAAGCAGGCAUCGUGUUUAAUGGUAGCUUAAAACUGAAAAAUGCACAAAUGUGUUACUACCAGAAAAUCUUUCACCCACCCGUGUCAUACAAUAAAUUGCAUUUAGAUGAUUCAAAUGGAUCUAAAUUUGCUCGGAUUUACCACAGUCAAGUCUCAACCAAGCUAAAAAGCAUGCCAAAGCCAAAGAAAGCUCUUGCCUGCAGUCUUGUUCCUCAGUGAUUACUGUUUGCUAGUAAAUGAACAACCAGAGCCCACAAGUGUUUUCUAAACUCUUUGUACCAUCAUUUUGGAAACUUCACCAAAGAAAAGCUUUCAUAUGUAUAUACUUACCCAUAUAUCGAAAUUCAAUAAAUUUGUGAAUGAAUAUAUUGUUUGGCUGUAUACUCAUAUUUUCCUGGGGCUAAACAUAAUUGUAAAUAUUGAAAUACAUAUGGAUAAAUUAUUUUCAAGCUUAAAUUUAGAAAAUAUUUAAUAAUAUUUUUUGCUAAUUAUAAUGCAUAAUAUGCGCAAACUAAUAGUAAUGUAGAAAAUUACAAUAUUUCAUUGUUAGUAUUUUAGUAUUUAAAGACGCUUAGCAACUAAUGUUAAAAAUGCUUUCGUAUCUCAAAGCAUAUUUUUUUUAUUUCGUCUUUGAAAAACUGAAUAUAUUUUAAGUAGAUCUUGAUUGUAGAGCUAACUACGAACAAGGAGAAAAAAUGAGGUUGCAUGGUAAAUAAAAUUUACAGGCUUAAUGUUGUUGUUUUUGUUUUUGUUUUUGAGAAAUAUUAGCAGUAGAAAAAAUAAUAUAAAUGUGUUAAAUGUGAAAAUGUUUGUGUAUGUGUUCUAGAAAAAUAAGUGCAAUUGUAACAAAAAAGGGCAAAUAUGCCAAGAAUAUGCAACUUAGCAAAACAAAAAAGAAAAAUUCUGGUCAGCCAGUAAUAAAAGUAAAAUAAAA